AUGCUAUCAAAAGUCCUUCCUGUAUUGCUAUCUUUUUGCGCUUGCUAUGGUGGACCCGCUUCAGACCUCGAAACAGCAACAAAUGAUCAUCCUACUUUCGUCACUGCUUUAUACUAUACAGAAUGGUCAUUUUAUAACAAACAUUAUCCAAUUGAUAUACCUCUAUCUCAUAUCACCAACAUCUAUUACGCGUUUGCGAAAAUAGACCUUAAGUCAGAAGGUACAUAUUGGGGCGAUGAAAAUAUAGCUUUAGAAGAGACCAUUCCAUUGAUUCAUGAAGAUACAAUGAGCUCAUUUGGUGCACGAGAUGAGAAUUUAUAUUCCUACGAUUACGCCAAAACUUCAUUUCAGGCUGAAUCGAUCGUCAACUCCACCGGGUUAAUUGGCCAGCUUUUACAAAUGAAAGAGCUCAAGAAGGGGCUCAAAGUCUCUCUUGCUAUCGGAGGGGAGAACACCAAUCAUGUCUUCGAAGAGGCCACAUCCAGUGAAAGAAAGACUGAGAGAUUUUGUCAAAAUCUCGUGAAUACAAUGAGAAAACACGGAUUUGACGGUAUAGAUAUUGAUUGGGAAUUCCCUGAUCCAAAAUCUGCCUUAAAAUUGAGUAAUUUGAUCAAAAUCUUGAAAGAUAAGCUAUCUUCUGCGGAAAUAGAGGAUGGGAUGCUUCCAAAUACAUAUCUUUUAUCCCUGGCUCUUCCUUUGGAUGUCUCCUCCUUGAAGACCUACCAAUUCGAAACUUUGCGGAGUUACGUGACUUACUUUAACUUGAUGGGUUAUGAUAUCUCCGGUCCCUGGUCCGAGCUAGCUAACUACCAUUCCAACCUUUACUCGCUGGAAACAAAAUCUGUUUCCAGCGUAGACUACUCAGUUCAAUAUCUUCUGGACAAGAUCGACAAAACACAACUGAUUCUAGGCAUGCCAAAUUAUGGAAGAAGCUUCGAGGGGAUGGGUGCUGGAUUACCGUUCAGAGGAUGCGCAAAUAUUCCGGGUAUCAAACAAGAACAAAACCAGUGUAUUGUAAACUAUCAUAACCUGCCACCCAAGGACUACACCGAGGUUCACAAUUACACUGCAGGAUCCUCUUAUGCCUACAGCAAUAAAGGGUUAGGCAUCGUCUUCUACGACAGCCCACAAGCUGUACGCCAAAAGGCGAAUUACGUCAAAGAUCUAGGUCUUGCCGGCGGGUUUUGGUGGGAUUCUUAUGGCGAUAAUUAUCGAGUGAAGGAAAACAGAUCGCUGCUUUAUAGCUUCGUUGACGAACUAGGUGGACUGCACAUGCUAAAGAUGGGCGAUCCUAGCAGCAAUUUUCGUCCCGAGCAAGCGGAUGGGACUAUUGCAUCUUCAUAUGCAACACACUGCUCUUCUCCCGAUCUUCAAAUUUUCCUGUCGAUUGUGUCGUCAUGGUUCUUCUUCUUUUUGGUAUUUAUGUUAUGA